GCAAGAAUGUGGGCUGUCAUGUUGGCGUCAUCGUGGGAGAACCGCUGCACCCUCCCAUCAUACGCACGUCAUGGAUUCCACCCUCUCUUAACAGGUUCAACAGCACCCCUGCAUCUUCACCCCCAAUAAAUAUGUCGAUGCCUCUGCAGCUCCCAAUGCGCCUGGCGCGUAUUCCUUCUAUUGGCGUCUUGUCACGCCAGAUUUCGUGUCAAAUUCGACUCCGCAGACCCUAUUCACUCAGCCACGGAAACAACAUGAGAAUCGCUAUCACUGGUGCCCGCGGCACCGUUGGCCGCGCGGUCGUCAAACAGGCCUCGGAGGCUGGUCAUUCCACCGUGCAGGUCGAUCGCACUGAUACCAAAUAUGACGGAACCCCCAAUUCGGAGAUGAAGACGGCCGACACGGCCAAUGACUACAAAGCCACCCUGGAAGCCUUCAAAGGCUGCGACGCCGUCAUUCAUCUGGCUGCGAUUCCCGAUCCUCUUGGAAAAGACGAUGAGUAUGUGCAUAACAACAACGUGACCUCGGCAUUCAAUGGCUUUUACGCCGCUGCCCAAUUGGGCAUCAAACGAUUCUGCUAUGCAUCCUCGGUCAAUGCCAUCGGUUUGGAAUACGCCACGCAGCCGCUCAAGUUCGAAUACUUCCCUAUCGACGAGGAAGCACCAACCACGCCGACCGACUCCUACGCACUGGCCAAAGAGGAAGCCGAAGCGCAAGCGAGAGCGUUCGCAAGAUGGUAUCCCGGGAUGAACAUCGCGUGCAUGCGCAUCCACGCCGUGGCAUCUCGCGAAGAAGCGCAGCAAGGCCACAGCGAGAGAUGGGAAGACUCAGCCGUCAAGAGCUUAUGGGGCUGGGUGAGCCCAGAAGCAACAGCGCGCGCAUGUUUGUUGACGGUGGAAAAGAAUGACAGCUUCUCGGGCUGUGAGAUCUUCAAUGUGGUGGCUCCGACGACGACGCAGGAUACGCCGUCGCGCGAACUAGCCCAGAAGUAUUAUCCGGAUACCGAGAUUCGGGGCGAGUUUGCAGGGAACCAGUCGUUCUUUACGGCGGAAAAGGCGAAUCGGAUCCUGGGAUGGAAACAUGAGUGACUCGGAUGUCGUUUGUAGACAGUUACAUCUCAGUAGGGCUGAGCAAAAUACCCGGUCGGCAUCGCUGCCUAUCCUCAUCCAUGAAUAGAAUUAGUGAUGCAUGGCGAAUGAUGGGUGAUGCUCUUAUCGCGGCGAUCUCGCAAGGCGGCACCGGCAUCACGCAACAACCCCUCGAUACAUGUAUGCGGACUCAACAUUACCCCAGAUGAAACAGAGAAUUCCAGAAAUCUCGAAUAAU